GGCUUGCCGGCGGCGGGUGGGCAGGUUUGGCGCGGCGGCGCGGCCGACCUUCCUUCCACCUGCCUUCGGUUCGGAUCGGAUCGAAGGAGAGAAGAUUGGGGCUCUAGGUGGAUCCGAUGUCCGAGGCUGGGUCCGGCUCUGGCCGGAAGAGGCAGCUGGUACUGGAGUCCAGCGACUCGGAGGCGGAUGAGUUCUUCGUCUCGACGCGGCACAAGGAUGAUGACGGUGCCGCGGGUGCCGCCAAUGCUGGUGCCGGCGGCAGAGGAGUUGAUGAUCGGACUGCGGAGAAGGCGGUUACUCUCAGUCCUGAGAGGAUUUCUGGGGUUAAGUAUUCAGAUGAAGGAGGUUGUGGUUCGGGCAAGAGUAAGGGAGAUGAGGUGGGGAGGAGUGGCUCACAACCUGAUGUGAAGAGGAUCAAAACUGAGGCUGCGCAUAGUAGCGGCGGUGGAAAUGGUGGAAGUGUGUCAAAGGAUGGAAGUGGAACCGGCGGGAAAAUGCCACGCCGGGGGUUCCCGACAUGGCGAUUUGAGAAGCCAGAGGUAAGGGCAGGGCGGGUUCUUGAUGAGAAGGGUGCGGUGGAGAUGAAGGAAAGCAGUUCCCAAAAGGUCAAGGACCGUGCAUUGACUUCAGAGCCACACAAACGUGAGACACCGACGCAAUUGAAGAUGAAGACUGACCAGGAGGUUAUAAGAGUUCAAGGUAAAAGUGGUGUUUUAAAAAUCCGGCCGAAGAACAAUAAGGUGGCUAAGGAAACUGGUGAUGGCAAGAUUUUGCCGAAGAAUGCUAAGGUGGAUGGGGAAACUAGUGAUGGCAAGACUCUGUCAAAGAAAGUUAAGGUGGAGGACAAUGGUGAUGGAAAGAUUUUGACAAAGAGUGGUGUUUUAAAGCUUCUUCCAAAGAACAAUAAGGUGGUCAAAGAAACCAGCGGUGGCAUUCCUCCUACCAAGAACAUUAAGGUGGCUGGGGGGACCAGUGACGGCAAGAUUCUAGUGAAGAGCAGUAAGGUGGAUAGGGAAAGUGGUGAUGGCAAGGUGCUGAAGAACUGCAUGGUGAAUCUAGAAACUAGCGAUGGCAAGGUUUCUUCCAGAAACAUGAAGGAAGAUGUGAAAGUCAACGGUGGCUCUAGACAAGAUAAGGAGAAAAAUGGCACAAUUGAUGAGUCCUCAAAACAGUAUGCAGUCGGUGAGAAGAGAAUUACAGAAAAACUAGUCUCUCCCAUCUUGUUGAGGAAAAGUGAUCCAAGCGUAGUGGGAAUUUCUUUGGGCCAGAGAAUGAAACAGCAAAAUUCAAAGGUGCAACUGAAGAUCACCUCAUUAGGCCAUCCUAAUUUGAAAGAUGAGAAGAAUAAGAAAAAAAGAUUGCUUGAUCAUAAAAGGUCACCAGAAAAUUUGUCCAAGAAAGCAAAACCAAAUGUUACUGAUCUUCAGGACACAUCUGGGCCAAUAAAGAAGGAAAGGGGAGGACCUCGUUACACAAUGAAGCAGAAGCUCAGGGGUCAAAUAAAGGACAUUCUUCUAAACAAUGGAUGGAAAAUUGAUCUAAGGCGCAGGAAAAGCAAAAAUUAUGAAGAUUCUGUCUAUGUUUCUCCACAAGGAACUGGCUAUUGGUCAAUCACUAAGGCUUAUGCUGUGUUCCAAGAGCAGUCUAAAAGUGAAAAGCAUGCAGCUAGAUCAUCUAUGCAUAACAGUCUUGAACCAGGUGUUGCAGAUGUGGCCUGUAAUGCCAUAUCAAAAAAUGAUUUAGCAAUGCUACAGAGGAAUGUGGUGAAAAGGAGGACCAAGAAAGAACUUGACACUUCUAAAAAGAAGAACAAGGACAGCAGAAGCAGAGACUCUAUAGGAACCCUUGCUGGUAGAAGUUCUGGAAGUAAGUACCAACACAGUGGAGAUAGGAGAUGUGCGCUUCUUGUCCGUGGUAACACUAGCAUGGAAGGCAACAUGGAUGGGUAUGUUCUGUAUCGAUGGAAGCGAACGGUCUUAUCAUGGAUGAUAGAUAUGGGGGUUGUUCCUGAAGAUGCAAAGGUCAAAUAUAUGAAUAAGAAGGGAUCACGGGCAAGGUUGGAGGGUAGAAUUACUAGGGAUGGCAUUCACUGCGGAUGUUGCUCUAAGACUCUCACAGUUGCUAAGUUUGAACUUCAUGCUGGUUCAAAAGAGCAGCAGCCGUAUGCAAACAUCUUUCUGGAAGAUGGUGGAGUUACAUUGUCACAGUGCUUGCUUGAUGCGUGGAAGAAGCAAUCAAAAUCUGAAAAGAAAGGGUUUUACAAGGUAGAUCCUGGUGAUGAUCCGGAUGAUGAUACUUGUGGCAUUUGUGGUGAUGGUGGCAAUUUGCUCUGCUGCGAUAACUGUCCUUCAACUUUUCACUUGGCUUGCUUAGGCAUCAAGAUGCCCUCUGGUGAUUGGCAUUGUCGUAGCUGUAUAUGUAGGUUUUGUGGUUCUUCCCAAGAAACAACAUCUUCUGCUGAGCUACUUUCUUGUUCACAGUGUUCAAGGAAAUAUCACCAAGUUUGUGCACCUGGAACCAUGAAAGACUCUGUUCAAGCUGAGUCCAGUUCCUCAACUGAUUGCUAUUGCAGCCCAGGAUGUAGAAAGAUUUAUAAACAUCUGAGGAAGUUACUUGGGGUAAAGAAUGCAAUCGAGGCUGGAUUUUCCUGGAGCCUGGUUCGCUGCUCUCCUGAUAACAUUGCUGCACCUCCCAAGAAGAAAGAUCAUUUGAUAUAUUGCAACUCCAAGACAGCUGUUGCCUUUUCUGUUAUGGAUGAGUGUUUUCUGCCACGUAUCGAUGAGAGAAGUGGGAUUAAUAUAAUCCACAAUGUCGUAUAUAACUGUGGGUCGGAUUUCAAUCGUUUAAAUUUUAGCAAGUUCUAUACAUUUAUUCUGGAGCGGGGCGAUGAAGUUAUAUCUGCGGCAACUGUCAGGAUUCAUGGAACUGACUUAGCAGAAAUGCCAUUCAUAGGCACAAGGGGCAUGUAUAGGCACCAAGGGAUGUGCCAUCGGCUACUCAAUGCAAUUGAAUCGGCCCUUUCUUCUCUGAAUGUUCGAAGACUGGUAAUACCUGCCAUACCUGAAUUGCAGAAUACUUGGACUUCUGUUUUUGGUUUUAAGCCUGUUGAACCUUCCAAGAGACAAAAAAUUAAGUCUUUGAAUAUGUUGAUUAUCCAUGGAACUGGUCUUCUAGAGAAGCGAUUGCUUGCAACAGGCACUAUGAACCAAAAGACCACUACUGGUACAGUUAAUGAUAAGAUGGAUGCUCAAACGCAUGGUGAAGCAACUGGAUCCCAGACACCUGUUCAUACUUCCUGUGAAUUACUGGUGGGUGAUGAUCCUGAUAUUAAGCAUCAUGAUCACUCUCAUCCUUUAGUUGGGAGCUCUGAAGGCUUGACAUCUAAUAUGCCUCUUGUUCCUGAAGAGACAACUCCAGAAUUGACAUCUCCAUCAUUAGAUGUCGUUAAUCUGCAUACAGUUCCAGGAGUUGAAGAUAGCAUGCGGUGCAUGCCUGAAGCUGAAAAUACUCAAGAAAUGAAAAAUGCAGAAACAGAUGCAACACUGAAUGCUGAGAAAGUUGCUGCAGAACAAAAGUCUGAAGAUAAAUCUAAUUCCAGGCAUAUAUUUUCAUCUGCUAUUGCGGUGACAGUGAAUCCAUCCUCAUGUUCAUCUUACGAGACUGGGAAAGAUGAAAAUUGCACAUCUAGUGAACCUUUUGUCGAAGCUGUUCUAGUAAGUGAUAGACCUGAACCUUCAAUCGCUUGCCACUUUACCAACCAAGAAGAUAAAAACUCUUCCGUAGUUCCAGUUGAUAUGACAGUUCCUUUAGCCACUAUGGCUGGGAAUCCUGACAACCAUGAACUGAACGCUGUUUUCACUGUUUGUGAUAUUCAGAAUUCAGUGGAAGUCAAAGGUUUGGAAGAUAAUACUGAUAUAGUAAACGAUGGAAGUAUAAAUGUCUAUGCAACUGAAGAUGAAACUUCUGUUGGUGGUGUAGCUAAUACCUUUGUUGCCACUACUGAAUACCCCAAUGAUUCUGCAGCUGACCUUGAAGUAUCAUUGGUGAGAUCUAUUCAGCAAAAGGAUGAGGAUAUCAUGGAGAAAAGUGCCUGUGCAACUAAAGACCAAACGUUGGCUGGAAGUGUAGCUAAUAAUUUUGUUGCUACUGCUGAAGAUCACAGUGGUUCUGUAGUUGACCUUGGUGUAUCAACCGAGAUAUCUAUUCAGCAGAAGACCGAGGUUAUCAAAGACAAAAGUGUUUCACUGCUUCCAGAUUUGAUUCAUUCUUCUAUGAGCAAAGCUAUGCCGGAGAAAUUGAAUCGGACGAAGUCUACUGAAAGUGAUAAUGUUGAAACGAAGGACACAGCUAUUGAGGGAGUCACAGUUGAGAACUUCAGUGAAGCAGAUAUAACAAUUUCAGCGGUUGGCAUGUCAAAUGACAUUUGUGGUGAAGUUAUGGCAAAGCCUAAUCUAACUUGUGGGGACAGUCAACUUCGUGGAGAGGAUGGAAUAUACAAGAAUAGCAUGGAAGACGACCUAGCUUCCAGAGAACCUGUUAAUGCAUGACCUUGUCCUGCUACAAAAUGCCAAGUGAGCGCAGCUGUGAGGUUGGUCUAGUUUCCUGCAAGUAGCUGCCUCAGCCUGUUCUCCGUGGCUACAAUGAAGUACUUUGGAGUUGGUACAUUUUGCGGCUAUUGCUCGCCGAUGUUUCAGAAUUUUGGUCCCUCCUUCCAGGCCAUUAAAUAUGGGGGAUUUUGGUUUAGUAGGCAUAGGUAGUUCGCACCGUAGUUUGUAGGAUAUACAAACCCCCCAAAGUGGGCCAAUUUUUGGUGUAAAUACAUAUGGGAAAUGCUGUUGGCGUUUUGAUGCACCUGAAACUGAAAACGCUCUAUCUGAAGAUGUUCGAUGAAUGAACAUGUUUCUUAAGAGCAGACUUACAGGUAGCCUGUACAGAUAUAGAAAGUCCAUCCUUAUUACCUGUUUGACUGCCAUGUUGGAUGUGUUCAUUGUUCUGGUUGGGAUAUGAGCGUAGCAGCAAUUGUUCGAUCUGCUAUUUACCGCUAGUAUGUCAGUGACCAUCGUUUGUAAUGUAGAGCCUGCUGUCCUUUACCCAUUACUAUUCACAUCUGUUCAUGAAAGAACGAGACCAUAUGGUUCUUUGAAAUAAUUCUUUUCCUGAGUUGCCAGGCUGAA